CAGGGAGGCUAUACCGAAAGUCCCUCUGCAUUCUCGUACACCUUUAAUUUUUGGCCUUGGUGUGAUACCUUCAUUUAUUUCUCGCAUCAUCGAGUAACGAUCCCGCCAUCAGGAUGGACCACUGCUGCCCAUCGACAAGGCGUCAAAAUGCUCGGGACAUUGAUAUUCGAGUGGGAAGCCAGCGAAGGCGACAGUCUUCGGCUGCUCUUCGGACGCCUUCCUCAAUCUAGAACUGGCCCAGCCGCCCCCUCCGCAGACGACUCUGUUCCCACAUCCCCGCACUACGCCCGCCUCUUGGCAGAUCUCGCUCUUCAACGCGGGUUUGAUGGAUACCUCCUGAAUUUUGAAUUUCCUCUGCGUGCCGGGGGUGGUAUCGGCCAAACGCGCGCGCUGGCAGCGUGGAUCGCGCUGUUGGAGGCAGAACUGAAAUCGAAGGUGGGACCUCACACUGAAGUCAUCUGGUACGACAGCGUCGUCUUCACAGGGCAGGUUCGAUGGCAAGACCGCCUGAAUAGCUAUAAUUUACCGUUCUUCCUACCAUCGACAGGCUUCUUCACAAACUACACCUGGCCUGCACAUUAUCCUGCCUUGACCACGCAGUUUCUACUCAGUCUCGAUCCUUCACUGACGCGCAACAAGUCCGUGCAGGACGUCUACACAGGCAUCGAUGUCUGGGGUCGCGGGUCGCACGGCGGUGGAGGCUUGGGGUGCUACAGGGCCCUCGAGCACAUCGAUCCUCCAUCCACAGGCAUGAGCGUCGCCCUUUUCGGCCCCGCGUGGACAUGGGAGAGCGAGCAAGACAAGCCAGGAUGGGACUGGUCCGCCUGGUGGGCGUACGAGCGGCUACUCUGGCUGGGCCCGGAACAAGCGGGCUUGGCGGUCGAAGUGAAGCCCGCGCCGCGCCGCGAAGGGGAGCCCGAGUGCCCACAUGGCGCCUUCCGCCCGCUCGUGUCGUUCUUCGAGCGUAGGCCGCCGCCCGACCCCGCCGUGCUCCCCUUCCACACGACGUUCUGCCCCGGCAUCGGCACCGCGUGGUUCGUGCGCGGCACGCGGGUCCUUGCACGUGACGACGGCUGGACGGACAUGGACAAGCAGGGCUCGAUUGGCGAUCUGCUGUGGCCGCGCCCCGCGCUGACCUGGGAGGACACGGACCGGGUGGACGCGCUCCCCGAAGCGCGCUGCGUCUUCCGCUUCGACGAGGCUUGGAUGGGGGGCAAUUCGCUAGAAGUGACCUUUGCCAUUCCAGGCUCCUCCGCUGAGGACGCCUUCUUCCGAGUCGCCUGGCUGCCGAUCCAGUCCCUGUCCGUGACCCCCGGAAAAUCAUACGAGGCGUACGUAGUCUUCAAGACUGAGAGCGACAGCCUCGACGUCGGUCUCUCCGUCAAACUCCCGAACGGCGACACUCCGGUGUCAUCGAUAGAGACUCUACUCAACGGGUGGACAAAACUUUCGCUGCAGUUCACAUCGGACGCCGCUGAAGACGUGUCCAUGGGCCUCAUAGUCGGCUUCGCCGCGGAAGACCCCUCAGAACCAUCCUCGUUCUCGAUUCUGCUGGGUCAGAUGAGCGUCUACCCGAGCCCACCUUCCACUGACGCAUCUCCGGCGCGCGCGCGCAUCCUCUGGGCCGACUUCGAUCGCCCAAGCGCAGCAAGCCUAGCUGGCGCUCUGACAUGGGAGGUCGCGGCCACCUUUGGCCCAUCCGCACCGCCAUCCAUUCCGGCCGUCGAGGACCCCAAACCCGUCUGGCUACUCGACACCGCUGACCACUGGUUCCCAUCUUUCCUGUACUUCAACGUAUAUGUGCAGGCGCAUCUCGCAGACGGCAGGGUGGAAGGGCCGGAACAGGCUUCCUUUAUAGGAACGACCGGGUUGGAUGGGAGAGCGAAUAGGCUGUAUGUCGAGCGGGAGAUGUUGCCGGAGAGCGUCCAGAGCACAAAGGCGGUGAGGUUUUACGUACAAGGUGUGACGGACAAGGGGCAGGUGAUGGGUUGGGAUCAAUGCUGCUUCGUGGACGUGUAA